AUGGGGAAAACUGCUGUGUUUGUUCUUUUUACUCUGCAGCAGAUUGAACCUGUUGCAGGACAAGUUGCUGCUCUUGUCAUGUGUCAUACGAGAGAAUUAGCUUACCAGAUAUGCUGGGAGACCUGGAAGUUAGUUCCCAGUGAUCAUCUUCAAAAUUCUGGGUUAGAUACGAGGAGCAGUGCAGAUUAUGCUGAAACUAUCAACAAUUUCUGUCCGAUGCUUGAAGAAGGAACUGGGACGGUGGCAGUUUCACCUGAUCUUGAUAAAGAAAAUCAAACCCAGAUGUUUGAGAAUGAGUUUGGGAAGCUUCUUCCUGCACUAUGUAGAUCACGUGCAGAAUUGUCAGGCACUAGUGGGAAGGGGUCACAAGCACAAAAGAUGAAAGUUAAAGAUGUUUCCAAGUACGUCAUCAGUGCAGCAAAAAACCCACAAUUUGCUCAGAAACUUCAUGCAGUUUUGUUGGAGAGUGGUGCAUCACAACCUCCCGAUUUUCUUCUGGAUAUGAAUCCUCGUGAUCUCAGAGAAAUGGAAAUGCAUGAAAAAAUACGUCUGUUAAAUGGGGAAAAAGUGGGUGAUGGGACUCAAGAUUAUCCAGAUAUAUUCUUGUUAAACAAUAAACUGUUGAUUAUACCCUCAACUGGAGUGGAGUCCUUUAAUGGUGCUCAUUAUGACAGCAAACAAAAGCACUCUGUUGAGGAUUUGACGGCAGAACGACUGGAGUUGGGUUCUACAGUCAUUAAUACGACACAUCCAUUAAUUUCUGAUGCUACAAGUGAAGGAUCUGUUUUGCUUGGAAUGGCACUGAAGUUGCUGUGAAGAAGUUCAUGGACCAAGAUAUAUC